UUGCUUUAUUUUUAGUAUCAUUGUCUCCUGUAUAUUGCACUCUACAAUAUGUACCAUAAGUAUGUAUAUAUGUGUGUGUGUUCUGUUUUACCAAUGCAGGAGUUUGUAGCCUUGACUAGGAUUCUCCUGCAAAGUUAAAGCUGCUGAACCGGUUAUGUAAGAAAAAUAAAGAGUAAUAGUCGCAUCUUGUGUUGCAGAAGGGUAAUGCUUGGGAUCUUUUGUCUCCUCCCAGAUUAUGGCUUGGGUUUAUGUGUAGGCAGUUGUAAGAGGCAGCUGUAGCCAUAGGAACCGUUUACUAGGACUCCAGUCACUUGGGGUUUCAUCCACUCUUAUUAUACAGGUGUCUUAUAAACUACGGACUGAGCAGGCUUCAUCUCAAAGUCGUCAUCUUCUGGCCAAGAACCAUGAAGAACCGCUCUCCCUCCCCACCGCUACAUGUCCAUGUGCAUGAGAGCACGCCGGUUCAUGUCCACAUUAAGAAGGGACUGAAAAGCGCCUCUAAAGUACAGAAAGGGAGCAAAAGUAAAAUGAAAAGCGAUUCUGGAAACUUGCGUCGCAGCGUGAAAGUAAAGACCCGGGUCCCAUGGAUUCCCCCGGGGAAAACAUCUGCUCGGGAAACAGGUUUCAAGUGGGAGGGUUUGACGCAUCGCUUGGAAAUCACACCACCGGACAUGGAGAAGAUGAUGUCGGCUUUGCGGAUGAGUGACCUGUCCACUGAUGAAGAAGAGCUUAUGCGCAGCAAGAUCAAUUCCUACGAAAAAAAGAUCAACAGCUUAAUGUGUGAAGUUGGAACCUUGAAAAAUGAGGUGGAGCUGCAGAAAAGGGACCAUUCUUCUGAGCGGUAUGAAGAUCAGCUGGCGGCCUCCAAGCAUCUGCUGAGCACCAAGAAUGAAGAACUGAAUGAGGCAUCUCUGGAACUGGCUGAUAUAGAAAAUGAGAACUCUCAUCUGAAGAGAAGCAUUGACCAAAUGAAGGAGGACACAGGAUUAAGUUUGUGGCAGAAGCAGCAACUGCAAGAAGAGAAGUCCCAUUUGUUGUCUAAGUUGGUAGAAGCGGAGAUGGAUGGGGCAGAGGCAGCAAGACAAGUGAAUGUGUUGCGAGACACCAUCCAUCAGAUGAAACAUGAGAAAAGGAUGACCAGUACAGAUAUAAACUUGCUCACCAGACAGAAAGAAAUCCUGCUGGAGAAACUGGAAACGUUCGAAGAGACAAACCGAACCCUGAGAGCUCUCCUGAGGGAACAGCAUUGCAGAGAGUCUGAAACCCACCGGCUGCUGGAACAGAAAGAACUCUUGCUGAAGAAGCUGGCUGAUGCUGACACAGAGCGAGCGCAUCUCCAGAUGAGGCUUCAUGAGCGAGACAAAGAGAGAGAUGAUCUCCGCAUUCAGCUGAAGACUGAGAAGGAGCUAACGAGAACAUCAACGGAAUACUCCAAGUCACUGGAAGUAACAAGGGCUCACUUGCAGGGCCAGCUGAGAAGCCGCGAGGCAGAGAAUAACCGGUUGUCCGUGCAGCUAAGGAACCAGGAGCACGCAGAAGCUCGGCAGAAGGAUGGAAUUGACCUGAUGACCACGCAGUUAAAUCAGCUCAGUCAGAAGUUGGAGCUGGAGAAGGAGGCGCUGAAAAAAUCCGUGCGCUCCCAGAAACAUCGAGCAGAGCGAAGCGAGGAGACGGUGCAGAUGCUCAAUAAACAGCUCAUGGAGAAGAAUGCAGAGCUUUCUACAGCACUUUCCAGCAUUGAGAACUGGAAGAGCCAUUGCAACAUAUUGACGAAAGAGAAGACUCAAGCAGAGUCUGAGAUCACCAUGCUGAAUGAGCGAGUGUCUCAGCUGCUGGAAGAGAGUCAGAACAUUGAGAAGAAGGCCCGUUUCGAGCGGGAUACUCUACUGGAAAGAAUCCACCAGCAGUCCACAGAGAGCACCAACCUUCGAGCAGACAGUGAAAAGUUUAAGACUUGUCUAACCAGUAUGGAAGAGAAAGUAACACUGGCUCACAGUGAGGUACAGCAGCUGAAGAAUUCACUGCGGCAGUAUGAGGGCCUGGUAGAAACCUAUAAAGAUCAGAUGAGAAAGACUCGACAUGAAGCCGAUCAAAUGUGCCUUCAGCUGGAAAGAUCCACCACGGAAAAUAAAACCUUAAAGGAGGAAAUGAACCUUGAGCUAGAACAGGUCCAUAGGCAAUUUCAGAGUCGCUUAGAAGAUCUAGAGAAACUCCCAGAGAUGCUUAGGAUGACCGAGACAAAGCUGCAGGAAUGCCAGGACCAGGUCCAGGGUUAUGAGCAUAAGAACGCGGAGCUCUCGUCUAUCAUCUCUGAUUUGCGCAUUCGGAUGGAGCAGCAGGGAGACAAGAUGGAGUCCUCAAGAGACCGCUAUCAGUCUGCGUUGGAAGAGAAUAAGCUUCUAAGUCUGAAACUGGAGGAGCUGGAGAGGAGACUGGAUGACACUGGUGCUCAGAACCGGGAACUUCUACAAGUUGUGGCCAAACGGGAAGAGACCAUUCAUCAGAACCAGCUGCGGCUGGAGGAAAAAACCCGUGAAUGUGCGUCCUUGUCCCGCCAGCUGGAGGCAGCCAUUGAAGACUCCCGGAGACAGGUGGAACAGGCCAGGGAACGAGUUUCAUCCAAAGAGAGGGUGACGCAGUCUAAAAUCCUGGAUCUGGAGACGCAGCUGAGUAGAACCAAAACAGAACUAAACCAGUUUCGCCGCAGCAAAGAUGAUGCUGAUCGGCGAUUCCAGAGUCGCUUACAGGACCUAAAAGACAGACUGGAACAGUCUGAAAGCACCAAUCGCAGCAUGCAGAACUACGUGCAGUUCCUAAAAUCCUCCUAUGCAAAUGUUUUUGGUGACGCGGCCUUAUCCAGUUCUCCAAUCCGGCCCAGAACUCCACUGUAAGAACUUGGUUCAAUUUCCUUCUCUCUCCAAUGGCAGCUACAGCAGAAACGUACUCUCAGGAGCAGAGUCACUGCAGACUGCCUUUCUCACUCCAUCGGCCAUUGGAUUUUGUGAUCACGACGCACAGAAGAUUUUAUAAACAGUCACUAAGGAUAUAUGUAUUAUAUUACACCUGUCUAGCUGCUGUAUACCACCUCUGACCACCCCAUGCUGGUCUGUCAUCGUUAACCAGCUGAAUAAUAGCUGUUGCUUGCCCAGGUUUGUCACUAAAAGAUUGUAUUGGGUGUGGUUCAGUGGCUCUACAGUGAAUAGUCAAUCAACCCCCAUAUGGGUGACAGGGUCAAAAGGUUGACAAAGAAAAGCUAGACCGUAGAAAAGGUUGAUGUGGAAAUGGUCGACACAGAAAAAAGUGAACACAACUUUUUAAAAAAAAAAUUAUUUUAUUUUUGUGGUGUUAUUUUGUAGGUUUCAUCAAAUGUAACCCCAAUUAGUGUUGCCUUGUUUCGGCCAAGGUACCUACCUCCGCUACGCUUGCCACAGCUUACUAUUACCGAUCAUAGUCCACGUGGAUGGUUGAAUGAAGCAAAAGUUGGGAAAAAAACCUAUAAAAAUAACUUGUUCACGAUUGUCAUGUCACCCUUUUGACUGUCCAUCCAGUGGCUGGAACCAGAUUGUAUUGUGGUUUGUAGUUUUAAUUUAUUUUAUGAUGUUUAUAAUUUUGUUUAACUUUUUUUUUUUUAAAGAGUAUUUAUAAUUGUUUUUUUUUACACUAAUGACUUCCUGGAAUUAUUUUGCACGUUGCUUUAUUUAUAAUAUAUGGGGGGGGUGAUACGAUCUCUUGCACUUAUCCAAUAUGUAGCUUUGACCUUCCUGUAUACAUAAAAUCACAGCUUCCUAUUAUGAACAUUUAGGCUGCACAUCUGAACCCAAACAUGUUUUUUCAUUAAUAUAUCCUACCAGUAUAUGGAUGGAAGUGGAGUCUCAUUUACAGUCAUCCACAUACUCUUGUGUUGCAUGCGUUACAAGACAACGAAGGAAGCCAUUUUGUGGGCUAAGCAAAGAUGCCUAGUGCAGUGCAGGAUGUAUACUUAUGAACAUUGGUUCAGACAACAAAAUGGCUGCAUCCAUUGGACUUCAUUUUAGCCAUGUACUCCAUCCCCAGUAUAAGAUUACUUGGGUGUCUUGUGCAAGUAAUCUUUCGUGGUCCACAUGUCUCCUCGCUUGUGAGACACCUACCCAAACUAAAAGUGCACCUAGUUGUGUGGAAAAAGCAGAAAGGCCACAUGAGGCAAACUGGAAAAAGUCUCAACUUCUGUCCACGUUACUACUGUUUUUUUUUUUUUUUAAAUAAAUUGAGCAGAACUUUCUCUAAAAA